AUGAAUAUUCUAGGAAUAUGCAACUUAGACAUGUUGUUCACAUAUGCAUAUGUUGGUGUGCCUGGGUCUGCUCAUGAUGCAAAGGUUCUAGCAUUGGCUAUGGAAGAUCCUAUUUUUCCGCAUCCACCUUUAGGCAAAUACUUCUUGUUGAUUCAGGGUAUGCUUUACGUCGUGGAUAUCUGGCACCAUAUAGACAAUCUCGGAAAAUGGAGGAUAAUGCAAGAUCGAGCAAGAUAUGACAUUCAAACGACAAGAAAACUUGUGGCAGCAACAAUGACACUGCAUAACUUUGUACGAAAAUCAAGUAUACCAGAUCCUGAUUUUGAAGCAAAUUGGCAGCAAGGGGGCAGCCAUCAAAUAGAUGAAGAGAUUGAAGACCAUGAAGAUGCACAAAUGGUCGAUUCUCGGCAAUACAUGGAAGGCUUUCGAGAUGAGAUUGCAAUGAAUUUAUGGAAUUCUCGUAGAUAA